UUAAAAAUGUCAGACGGUAAAGGCACAUUCUCAAUUCCAUCCGUAUUUUGAACCGGUAUAGAUCAUGUGUGAUUCAGAUGUUAUGUAAUAAAUAGUGAAAAGUGUAAAAUAAUUUACAUUGUCCCUAAGCAAAGAUUAAAAAUGAGUAUUAGUGUAUUUUACAGUGUCAUUUUCCUGAAAUCAAUCAAGUAAACCUUGUAAUUUGAAUAUUUAUACCGGACAACGUUGCAACAAUGAAGCUGGAAUUAACUCUCGCUAUUCUCGUGUUCUUGCCCAACAAUCACUACGUAUGUGCCAGAGCAGUGCGAAGAUCAUGUGGAAAAUAUCUGGCGGAUCGAAUCUCCGACAUUUGUAAAGCCAGAGGUGGUUAUACCCAGUUAAGCACUUCUCUUAUUCAACAUCAGAGUCACCGACGAAACAAGCGUGGAGUGGUGGAAGAAUGCUGCAAACGAAGUUGCACUGAUGAUACAUUAAUUCAGUACUGCAUGGAACUUAGCAGUGCAGAAGAACAAACAGAACAGGUCUCAAUUCUAAAUGUUCCUAAAAUCACAACACCAUAUUCAACAGAAUAUCUAGUUUCUCAAGUUCAAUACACAACCAAAUUUCCAAUCAAGACCAUCCCAAUCGAAGUGGGUACUGUUCGCCCAGAAUUUAUCAACAUCAACGCAAAAUACAUGACCAAUAAACGAAAACAAUAUCUAUAUUAUUUUUGGCCAGGCAACGAUGUACACGUGAUAUAGAAAUGCGAAGGAGAAGAAAACUAACUGACGUCUGUUUCAUAGGCUGUGAUAAAAUUUAAGUAGAAUACAAGCUCUAGUCGUUCAACUAAUGGAUUAAACGUAUUUUUUUCUAAAAACCAGAGUAUUACGUUUUGUAACUCUUGCUAGAUUUCCCAUCCUUUUCGCGUUGUCAACUGGCAACAAGCUGUUGUUUAGAA